CCGCGGCGCCAAGAUGGCGGCGCCCAGUGAGGGCCGGCAGGGUCGCGGCGCUUCCCCGUUCCCGGGCACCGAGGGUGGCCCCUUCACUUUCCCCUUCUCGGUCCCGCACGGCGCCGCGGGCUCCGGGGCGGAGGAGCCGUCCAAGAAGCCGUGCCGAGCCUGCACGGACUUCAAGAGCUGGCUCCGCGAGCAGAGGAAGCAGGCGGCCCCGGGCGGCGGGGACCUGACGGCCACAGAGGAGAAGGAGCCACCGCCGAACUGUCCCCUGGACAGCGAGCAGUUGGGCCGCAGCACAUGGGGGUUCCUGCACACCAUGGCGGCCUAUUACCCCGACCACCCCAGCAGCGCCCAGCAGAAGGACAUGAGGGACUUCAUCAACCUCUUCUCCAAGUUCUACCCCUGCGAGCACUGCGCGGAGGAUCUGAGGGAAAGAUUACGUACAAAUCAGCCUGAUACUAGCAACAGAAAUAACUUCUCCCAGUGGUUGUGUCUUCUUCACAAUGAAGUGAACAGGAAACUGGGGAAAGCUGAAUUUGACUGCUCUCGUGUGGAUGAGCGCUGGCGAGAUGGUUGGAAAGAUGGGAGUUGUGAUUAAUCCAUAGAGACUGCUUUGGAAAUCUAUCAGACCAAUCCAAUCUGGUGUGGAGUCACUACAGGGAGAUGUGUGAGUCAGUAGCUGUGUUUGUGUGUGUGACUGGUAUGGCUUGUGGAAAUAAAGGUAAACCAAUUCUAAAAGUGAAUUUGCAAAGCUUAUCCUAAUAGUAUUUUGAUAACUGAUGACAUAAAUGUAUUACCUGAGGGAUUGGGGCCUCACAUUUGACACAGCAAUUGCCAGAAACCUGUGAAAUUAAGGCACUGACAAACUCGUGGAGACUUUUUCAUUAUGACAUUUCCUUAUUUUAGGGGCAUUUGCUUGUUUCUGUGACUGUUUGUUUUCCCUGAACACAGCUGUAGAGAGCUGCCCUGUGGCAUUUUAUGUUUUUCUGCAGGCGUUACCCUGAUGGGUUAGAAAAUGUGUCUGAUUAAUUGUAAUUUUCAUUUCCGUUAUUCAAGCUGUGUUUUGUGCCAAGUUGUACCCUCAGAUCUCUCUCCCUGAGAUCUUCAGUGCUUGUGGUUAAAUUUGCAUCCAGUCCCUUUGCUGUAAGGCCUGAAGGGAGGUACAUUUAAUUUAAAUACUAAAAUCAUGAAGCCCAGAUUUCUCAUUUUAUUUUUGUAUUGGACUUAUCAUGUAAGAGGAUAUUGUAAACUAAAACAGGGCCAGGCAACAUUCAUCUAAUGGAUGGAAUGAAGUAUCAACAGGGUGAAAUCCAGAUGUUUUAAACUGAUUGCCAAUUUUCUUUGGAUCUAGAAGUGGUAUGACGCUAAGUUCUGCUGAACUAUUUAGUCUUAAAGCAGAUAACCUCUGAAUCUCUGCUGUGAACUUUAGUCUGUAGUGAAAAUAGCUUGAGACCUACAUCUGUAAUGAAGCAUAUUCAGCUUUGUUUCACAUACAGUAUUCCUGAGAUGUCACUUGUGUUUUGAAGUUCUUGGUUGCUACUUGCUGACCUGCCUGAUAUUCUGGUGUUAUCCCCUAGCUAAAAAUCUCUGUAGAUCAAAAGGACUUUACAAGCCCCCUGCAGUAUUUGAGUCCUGCUUAAGACUGCAGUGUCAGCUUAAUGUAGUGUUCAUUGCACAGGGGACUUGGGAUCUCUUGGGUAGGUUCCCUGCGUAGGUACUGGUCAGCAUCCAUGCUAUGUGUGUUUUUCCUAAGUCAGCUAUACUGCAUCAGUGUAUUGAUACAGAAGUGUGAAUUUCAGGUUCAAGUGGAAUAACAUAAAUGAUUAAUGCCACAAUGCAUAUAAACAGGUAUCUCUUGAUAAAAAGAGUCAGCUCACAAACAAAAGUCAAGAGAAUUUCAAGUUUUUAGAAUAAAUAUUGAGAUAAUGCCCUUACUGCAUUUCUGGCUGGGAAGAGUUGGCAGGAAUGGCAACAAACCAUGGCAGUAGAAGGCUUUUUCCUCCUGUACUUCCUGCUGAGGGUUUCUCACGUGUUUUAGAGCUUCCUUAUUUCACGUGCUACUGUACCUCUGUAAAUUUACUCUUGCUCGUAGAGUGUUACCUGGAAAUACCAAUAGGACUUUUAUAAUAAUAGCAGUGUGAUGACAGCCCCUACUUCAGCACUUUGAUCUUCAAACCUGUGUGCAUGGGGCUCCUCUGUUUGGAAAAGCAGUAAGAACUUCAGAAAUACUUUUCAAUGUUUUAUGGCACAUUCAGGUUCUUCCAAGUCAGACCUGUUAAAACAAUAUGAGGCAAAUUUUAUGGGCUAGUUAUUCUUGGAUGUUUUUUAUGUAGUAACGUUUCUAAACAUGAACCCAAAGCCAAUGAUAAGGUAUUUCCUGAAGCAUUCACUCUAGCUUAUGACUUGAAAAUACCACUUGGGUUAUUAGAAGUGCUUGGCUAUUUUCCCUAUCAGCGUGUUGAGGUUCUUAAAACAGACAAAUUCCAGCCUUUGGUCUGGAAGCCCUUUGUCUUUUGGGUGAUAAACUCGGUCCCCAAAACAAAGCACAUUGGUACCCACUAGUAGGAAGAGGACCAACAAAAAGACUGUAACCCUCUGCUUUCAUCAGCAUGACCUAAACUACCUGUUCUGUCAGGAUAGAGUUAGCAGCAGGGUGUGUGGACAGGCAUUUGCUUGUGGACUUGGUUGUGCUUGAGGAGGAAUUUACUGUUCUUCCCUUCCAAUCUGCCCUUGGCUGUUCUCGGUGACAGUCUUAUCGCCCAUGGAGCAGAUGAUGAGAUUUCUCCUCUGUUUGCUUCAGUGCAGGUGAGCAGGUUGGGAAAACCCCUGUCUCUUCCCUUUCCACCUUAAUACUGAAAAUGGGCCAGGGUGGUGAGUGGCGCUUUCUUGUGUGCAAGUGCACUGGAUCUCUGAGUCCUGCAAGUGCUGCUGCCUGCUGCUGGUGAGCGGUUGGUGCUGGGCAAGUGCAGGGUAACUUUCCUCCAUCCACAUAUUGAGAGUGUAGAGAGGAAACCAAAUGUGUGUUCUGCUCAAAAUCAGGGGAGCAGCUCUGGCAACACAACGUUUUUGUCACCUCGUGUUGUUCAAGGAGGUGGUAGAGGUGUGCAGAAGGAAAAGCCCCUUUGCAAGCAAGUACUGUGCUGUCCUGGCAGUGGGGCAGGAGUAGGGGAAGAGCCUUAAAGCUGGAGUAGGUGUCUUUAGUGAAUGCUUCCUAAUAAUGAGGCCACCCCUGUGGCUGCUGGGAUGUUACUGGGGCAGUUUGUUGCUUCACUAAGUGGCCGUUUGGUAAAAUACAUGCUUGCACUCUGUUCUCUCAUCUGUACAGCUUUGCAGAAGAGCUUUGACUUAGGUGUUCCUCAGGGAUAUUGUCAUCUCUGUGGACUUGACUGUAUGGGGAGGAAGGGAUUUCUUUGCUGCUCAUUUGUACCACAUCUCAAGUUUUAAUCUUCUGUAAGGAAUUCCUCUUGAAGAUAACUUGUAUUUGUGUACAGAAAAUUGUGAAUUCUCUUCUAAAUGCACUUAAUUAAAUCUAAUUUAAAAAGUA